GCGCGGGCCGGGCGGAAGCGGCGGGAGCGGCGGUUAAAUGAAGCGGGGCCGGAGGGGCGGCGGGGCCGGUGAGUGCCGGGGUGACCCCUCCGUCCCGCGGAGCCGUGUGGGAGCACUCGGUGCCGCUGGGACAUCUCGACAUUUCAGGUAUCUGCUGUGGGAGCUGCUGCAGGAAAGAAACCCCAAACACAGCUGUCCUCGGAGCUGAGGGAUCGGUUUCCUCAUGUGAGCCUGACUGCCAUGCUGGGGCAUUGACACUCUGGGGUGUAGCUGUUUAAAAUGGCAGAGAGAGGUGGGAAUGAAGAAGUGAUUAACUUGAACAGCUUCAGCAGUCACAGAGGGAAAGACUGGAUAAACCACAGAGAUGAAAGUCUUAUCACAAUAUCAGAUUCCUCUGAUGAAGAUUUGCCUUUGUUGCUGGAAAUGCCAGAAAAGCAGCAGACUGAGGAAGAUGAUGAUGAUGAUAUAGUCAUCUUAGCAGAGACCCCAAAGCAUCAGCAGCCUCUGCGUCCCAAUGUCAUCAGACCUGCUGCUCCAUGGCAGGGUGCAGACACUGUGGGAGAAGGAGGAUCCAAAAGUGCUGUGGAGCCUUUGAGCACAGACCUGCAGGAUUCAGCUCUGCCCUGUGAGGGAGGUGGGAACAAACUCAUGGUGGACAGCAAUGCUGGACCAAGCAGGGAUGAGAGUGUGGAUGCUGCCUUGCAGCAGCCAGGACCAUCUGAGCUGAAUGGCCCCAGAUCUGAACUUACAGGUAACCAGGAGCCUGGCCCAAGUUUGCUGCCACUGACCAAGAUGAGUCCACAGCCUGCUGAUAAGACAGAAAUCAUUAGUCUGGAGAAUGCAGACCUUCCACCUCAACAGGAGGAAAGGAUGGAAGCUCGAGAACGGCGAGGAGAGAACUCGGAGCCGGAGCAGAAACUUGUAGAAAUAGCUGCUAAAACCACCACGGAGCGGGAGAAGAUCCAGGAGAAGGGCCGGCAGGAACCCCGGCACUUCCCACGGCCGGAAGAUGAGCCACGGGCUGUAGCGAAUGGUCGUGCUCCUCAGCAAGGGCAGCCAGAGGCAAACCCGGCGUCUCUGAGGGCGUAUGGAGGGAAGGCUCCAGGGCCAGCCUUCCCCCGGCCGGAGCCGCAGCAGGACGGCAUUCCAGGCCCUGCCUCCCCGCAGCCGGCACACCCCCCCGAGGAAUCGGGUCAGCAGGCACGGAGAGACAACGAGCGGCCCGGGCCCGCCUUCCCCCCUCAGGGCUCGCAGCAACCUGGCUCGGGGGAUGUGCCAGAGCAGGGAGCUGCUGGGCAGGAGCAGGACCUCACUGCGCUGCUCAUCAGAGAGACAGAAGCAAGAUUCCCAGAUGUGAAGAAGGAAUAUAUUGAAGAAUUAAUCAUCAUCAAGAACUGCUAUGACUUAAAUGUACUUUGUAACUUUCUUCUGGAAAAUCCAGAUUACCCAAAGAAGGAAGGCAGAGUGGUUUUAAACCCCAGCAGCAGCCUGCUUGCCAGCCAAGAUGAGACAAAGGUGCCUAAAGUGGACUACUUUGACUUUUCCAAACUCGCCCCCCUUGACCAGCGGUGCUUUAUUCAGGCAGCUGAUCUCCUCAUGGCAGACUUCAAAAUGCUGAGCAGCCAGGACAUCAAGUGGGCACUACACGAGCUCAAGGGGCACUAUGCAAUCACACGAAAGGCCUUUUCAGAUGCUAUCAAAAAGUGGCAGGAGCUGUCUCCCGAAACCAGCGGGAAACGAAAAAGGAGGAAAGAAAUGAAUCAAUAUUCCUACAUAGACUUCAAAUUUGAGCAAGGGGAUGUGAAAAUUGAGAAGCGCAUGUUCUUCCUGGAGAACAAGAGACGGCACUGGAGGACCUAUGACAAGCUCUCCCUUCUCCCACCGGUGCUACUGGAGCAGGAAUUCUAUGAGCAGAAAGUGAAAGAGAUGGCAGAGCAUGCAGACUUCCUCCUGGCUCUGCAGAUGAAUGAGGAGCAGUAUCAGAAGGACGGGCAGAUGAUCGAGUGCCGCUGCUGCUACGGGGAGUUUGCCUUCGAGGAGUUGACUCAGUGUGCAGAUGGUCACUUGUUCUGCAAGGAGUGCCUAAUUAAAUAUGCUCAGGAGGCAGUUUUUGGCUCUGGGAAGUCAGAGCUCAGCUGCAUGGAAGGCAGUUGCACAUGUUCCUUCCCCACCAGUGAGCUGGAGAAAGUGCUUCCAGAGAACAUCCUCUGCAAAUACUACGAGCGGAAGGCCGAGGAGGAGGUGGCUGCUGCCUGUGCAGAUGAGCUCGUCAGGUGUCCCUUCUGUAACUUCCCAGCUCUGCUGGACAGCGAUGUGAAGCGGUUCAGCUGUCCCAAUCCCCGCUGCAGAAAGGAGACUUGUCGGAAGUGCCAGGGGCUGUGGAAGGAGCACAUGAAUCUCACCUGCGAGCAGCUGGCUGAGAAGGAUGACAUCAAAUACAGGACAUCCAUAGAGGAGAAGAUGACAGCUGCCCGGAUUAGGAAAUGCCACAAGUGUGGGACGGGCCUGAUUAAGUCGGAGGGCUGUAACCGCAUGUCGUGCCGCUGCGGCGCCCAGAUGUGCUACCUGUGCCGGGCUGCCAUCAACGGCUACGACCACUUCUGCCAGCACCCCCGCUCUCCUGGGGCACCCUGCCAGGACUGUGCCAAGUGCUCCCUAUGGACAGACCCCACAGAAGAUGAUGAGAAGAUAAUUCAUGAGAUUCAGAAGGAGGCCGAAGAGGAGCAAAGGAAGAAGAAUGGGGAGAACAGCUUCAAGCGCAUCGGCCCUCCCGUGGAGAAGCCCGUGGAGAAAAUCCAGAGGAUCGAGGUCAUCCCCAGGCCGGUUCCUCAGAACUUCCACCAGCCCCGGAUGCCCCCGUACCCCUUCGUGCACCCCCCGUUCCCCCUGCCCCCCGUGCGCCCCAUGUACAACAACAUCCCCCUCAACAUCGGCCCCAUCCCCGCUCCCUACGUGCCCCCCCUGCCCAACAUGAGGGUGAACUUUGACUUUCCCCAGAUCAACGUGCAGCUGGAGCACAACCUGCCUAUGCACUUUGGCCCUCAGCCCCGGCACCGCUUCUGACCUGCCCCCACAGCACUUGGCGGGGUCACCACAGGGCAAAGCCACCCCAUAAUGUCACCCCCUCCCCACUCCAGCCCCUCUGGGGUUUAGGCAGCAGCCAGGGGUCUCUGUGUCCCUGCCCUGCACCCUCUCGAGGGCUUCUCCAAACCUUUGCAAUCCAACAUUUCAACCUGUGCUGCGACAGGGUUUGGUGCUACAUUUCCCAGGGGUGGAAUCCCCCCCUGAGCUGGGCAUCCAGAUGUUUUGUUUUGAUAAAGCCUGUUCAGGCAGCUGUUGGGAGGAAAAGUGAGACUUUGUAGAACACAGGGAUACAGCUGUUCCUUGGGGAAUUUCCAAAAAUCCUGCCUUCCUGCUGGCCAGAGCAGUCUUGUAGGAAGGGAGGAGACACUUGGCAUCCGAGUAAGCAUAAGACCUUCAGGAGUGAGGUAACAGGAGGCAGCUGCCCCAGCCUCUUGCCUUUGGUGAGGCUCAGGGCUGGGGUUCUUGUGUUCUCCAGCAUCCCUGUAUCCUGCUGGCACCUCCCAGCAGAAAUAAAUUGUUCAAAAGCAAGUUAGUGCAGCAUUUUUAGUGUUCCUUCCUCUCCAAGCAGAGCGAGGGGCUGCAGCAGCUGUCCCAUUGCUCAGGUCUUGGUAUGUCCUGUUUGGGGGUGUUAGGAUGUGGCAGGAGAUUUGGGCACCCAAAUCUUUGGCUGGAUUAAACUUGCCCCCUUUGAAGGGCUCAAUUUUUCCCUCCAAAAGUGUGUGCCCCUCAGCUUCUGAAACGUGGCCUUUGCUUUGCUGUUCUCAUCUGCAUCCCAAACCUCCCCCAGCUUCUGGCAGCAGUGCUCAGGCAGCUGUGGAACCACCUGGAGCCAAAGCUGUGCCCUUUAUUGCAAAAACUGCCUGGGAGACACCCAGAUAGACAUGUAGGCAGUGAUGUGUCCUGUGGUAGGAAAAUUGGGAGUGUUCCCUGUAGCUGCCAUGAGCUGGGAGCCCCCCAUACCCAAACCCUCACAACCCAAUGGGCAGCUGGAGCCUCAUGCUGCAGGAAGCUGGCUGCUUCCACAGCACCAAAUAACUCAUGAAAAUGUGUGUGUCAGCUUAAUUGGCUUUGGAAAAGUGUGUUAAAAGUUAAACCUGAGUUAUUGCUGGGCUUAGAAAGUGAGGGAAAAGCAAAACUUCCUUGUGAGAAGUGGGGGGUGCAGUGCUGGCCUGUGGGAGGAGGGUGGCACGAAGCCCUUUCUCCACAUCCCUUGGCUGUGCUGUCUGGUACAGGCCCCAUCUAGAAAAGAAAAUGGUUGGAGUGGAAAAAAACCCUCUUCCAGGAAUGUUGGGCUGGCUUUUAGCAGCCCAGUUGUUUUGUUGUUCUCCAAAUGUUUUGUUCUGGCCUUUAUCCUGUUCUGUCCUGCUGGGAACUCUCUGGGUGCAUUUCCCCUCCUGUCAUUCCCCCCUGUAUUUCAGCAUCCAGGUGUUUUGUGGGUUUAUUUGUUUUUUUCAGGUAAAAUUCCCUGUCUCCACCUCACAGCUUCUGCCAAAGCCCCACGUGCAGCACUCUGGGACCCCGGAUCCCCUCGGGUGUGCAGGGGGCACUGGGCACAGGGUGUCAGUGGGAUGCUCCUGGACAGGGGCCUGGGACAGCAUCUGGGGACUGUUCUCCCCAGGAAGGUCUCCCAGACUGGAGGACUUCCAUGCCUUUUGGAGCUGAGUGUUUUUCCCGUUGCCUGUGGGUCAAACAUUCCCUGUGGAGCUCUGGCUCCUCUGUGCUGUGGCCUCUCCAGCAUUAAUAACCAACUGCUGUUCAUGCUGCUGGAAUUUUCUAUUUUGAAUUAGUUCCUGGCAGGGGUCUGGGGGCUGCAGGAGCUUUAUCACUUGCUGCUCAGCUGGGCUUUGACCAGGUUUAAAUCCUGCCUUGCACCGAUUCCUGCAGCAGCCAGGAGCAGGAAUCCUGCUGGAUUUGGGGAGGGAGAGCUUUGUCACAGCAGCUGCUGAGAAAACACACCCAGGUCAGAAGAAGCAGUGGUGGCUUCCCUCAUGGGAAAGGAAUCCUGUUUGUUUAAUAGCUGAGGUUUUAUGGGCUCAGGGGCUGGUUUGGAUGAGCCCUCCAGGCUCUCCAAGGCAUUUGCCCUUCCUGGUGGGUGCAGGAGGGAUCAGGCAGUGGAGGGGAGGCACAGCUCAGCUGCUGAACCAGUGCCCCAAACUAAGAAGGAAAGAUGAUGGUCAUCCAGCAAAAAAUGGUGCUCCAGUCCCAUCUUUUGGUGCAUGUGCAGGGAUGUGUGGGCAUGGAGGGCUGAGCCCUGGCAGAGGGAAGUGUGGAUGUGGAGCAGAGGGGCUGGAGAAGUGUCAGCAGAGGUGGCACGGGGAGGUUGGUGGCUGUGAUCCAUCGGGGUCACUGCUGCCCUGGCACAGCUGUCAUGGGCCUGGAGGAUACAGAGGGAAGGAAGGGUUCCCUGGAUCCCCUGCCAAAGCCAAGGGCUUAUUUGUGCCUAAGAGAGGAUAAAUCAGUGCCUGGUCAAUGCCCAGCACACCCAGCACUGCUCCUUUCCCUGAGGAAAUACCCAUUGCACCAAAAACUUGCAGCCCAAGCACGUGGCUGCUCCUCCCCUCUAACCCAGGAGAUCUCAAGUUGUUUCUGAAUUUGUGUUGAUUUAUUUAAAAAAAAAAAAAAAAAAAAAAAAAAAGAGGGAAAAAACCCAAAACUUACUGAGCCACCCAAUCCAGCCUGGACCUGGUCUCUAACUCUUGCAUCCCAGUUUCCCUCCUGCCUCACAGUCUUUGGAACCACUUGUUUAAAGGUUUUGAAGGCAACGAGGAGGUUGCUGUGCCCAGGCUGAUCCCAUAACAGGUACUUCUUACAGCUGAUUGCAGUGUCCCAUUUACUUGCCUUAAAGGUGGAGAGAGAAACUUAGUAUUUGCACUUAGCAAAACGUUGUAUUAAAAGAAAAAAAGACCUGUAAAGAUGUGCAUGUUCUGCAACUUUGUAUAACAAUAGCUGAAAAUAAAUAGGUGGUUUAUUAAAAAAAAAAAAGGAGAAAAAAACAAAAAAAUAUUUUUCUUUAUAUUCUGGUAGUAAACAGUUCUAAUAUUCUGUGUGUAAAAAGUUCUUGUAUUAUAUUGUAAUUUGAAUUUUUUGUAAAUAAAUUUGUGCACUCUGGCUUU